AGGUUAUGGUGAACAGACAGAAGCGUGCGCUUGUCACUUUUGUCAGGGUCCGCUGGUUGUCUGUCUGGGUGGGGGGGGCAGCUCUUACUCAAUAAACCUCUACCCUGAGAACCUUUUUAAUUUUAUCUUCUACCCUAGACUUUAUAUCAUUACCUUUAAACCAUAGCAAUUUCAUGGUAGUCUUUUGCUUUAGAUUGAUUUUGUAAUUAAUAAUGAAUUAAAAAAAAAUAUAUUUUUCUAAAAAGGAAGUCAAGAUCUACAUUUACGAAGUUGAAAUGGCAAUCGUCUCUGAUGUCAAACUACCAACUGCUCAGUAGCAGGCUGCCUGUCCCCCCCCCCCCCCGGAACUAAUCGUAGCCUCCACAGCCCCUGAUGUAAACGUGUAACUACGUAUAGAUGCUCUCCCUACCCUGGGUUACAUAAAGUAGCUACACGUUUAUCUCACAAGAAGAUUCCUAGAUUUGGGAACAAUUUUUAGAUUUUAAUUUUAUUAAUCAAUACUUCACAAUCUAGAGGGUAUUUUACAUUUUUUCAUUUAUUUAAGGUUUGAGCCCCAGGAGGAUUUUUCUUUUGAGUGACUUAAAAACAAAUCACAGGUGGUAUGCUUAUGUGUGUGAGUUCCAACCCUUUUCCAAAGUGUUACUAAUGGUAAAGAGACAUUUUCUAGGCUUCUUUUCUGCCGGUUGAAGUCUGACUGCAGAAGGACCCUUGGCACUGAAAGUGGGGCAAAACGCCGGAUCCAAAGCUGCAGUCCAGGUCGUACAUGGAUGUCAUGAAGGAGCAGCACCUGACCAAAGAGGAGAAAGAGAUCCGUCAGCAGAUGGCAGAAAAGGCCAAGACGGGAGACCUGAAGGCUGUCAACGGCUCUGCUGCCUCCCAGGCUGCCGCUGCCGCCGCCAAGCGCAAACGCCGCUGGGACCAGACGGCCGAGAAACAGGACCAAUCAGGAACACCCAGCAACGCCGGCACACCCAAGAAGAUGUCUAGCUGGGACCAGGCUGACCAGGCUGCUGAGCAGACCCCAGGACACACCCCUGGCCACACCCCCUCCAACAGCCGCUGGGACGAGACCCCUGGCAGGAAUAAGGGUAGCGAGACCCCAGGGGCCACUCCUAGCUCCCGGAUGUGGGACCCAACCCCCAGCCACACCCCAGCCGGAGCAGCCACCCCAGGCAGAGGGGACACACCGGGACACACCACCCCCGGGCAUGGGGGAGCCACAGGCAGCGUGCGCAAAAACCGUUGGGACGAGACCCCCAAGACUGAGAGGGAGACCCCUGGUCAUGGUAGUGGUUGGGCCGAGACUCCCCGUACAGACAGAGGAGACGAGUCGGUGGGAGAGACCCCCACCCCCGGGGCCAGUAAGAGGAAGUCCCGUUGGGACGAGACCCCUGCCAGCCAGAUGGGCUCUUCCACUCCACUGAUGACCCCUGGGAAGACUCCCAUUGGAACCCCUGCCAUGAAUAUGGCCACUCCCUCUCCAGGUCACCUGAUGAGCAUGACCCCAGAGCAGCUGCAGGCGUGGCGUUGGGAGAGGGAGAUCGAUGAGAGAAACCGACCACUCACAGACGAUGAGCUGGACGCCAUGUUCCCAGAGGGAUACAAGGUCCUUCCCCCACCAGCAGGCUAUGUGCCCAUUCGUACCCCGGCCCGGAAGCUGUCUGCCACCCCCACCCCCAUGGGGGGUAUGACAGGCUUCCACAUGCAGCAGGAGGACCGCUCCAUGAAGCAGAUCAACGACCAGCCUAGUGGGAACCUGCCCUUCCUCAAACCAGACGACAUCCAGUACUUUGAUAAACUGCUGGUUGAGGUAGAUGAGUCCACUCUGAGCCCAGAGGAACAGAAGGAGCGUAAGAUCAUGAAACUGCUGCUGAAGAUCAAGAACGGAACACCUCCCAUGAGAAAGGCUGCCCUGCGUCAGAUCACAGACAAGGCGAGGGAGUUUGGAGCAGGGCCCCUGUUCAACCAGAUCCUACCCCUGCUCAUGUCUCCUACUCUGGAGGACCAGGAGCGCCACCUACUGGUCAAGGUCAUUGACCGCAUCCUCUACAAGCUGGACGAUCUCGUCCGCCCAUACGUACACAAGAUCCUGGUGGUGAUUGAGCCCCUGCUGAUUGAUGAAGAUUACUACGCCAGAGUGGAGGGCAGAGAGAUCAUCUCCAAUUUGGCCAAGGCUGCCGGCCUGGCCACUAUGAUCUCCACCAUGAGGCCUGAUAUUGACAACAUGGAUGAGUAUGUCAGAAAUACAACAGCCAGAGCUUUCGCUGUCGUAGCGUCCGCUCUGGGUAUCCCCUCCCUGCUGCCCUUCCUCAAGGCUGUGUGUAAGAGCAAGAAGUCAUGGCAGGCCCGCCACACGGGCAUCAAGAUUGUCCAGCAGAUCGCCAUCCUCAUGGGUUGUGCCAUCCUGCCCCAUCUGAGGAGUCUGGUGGAGAUCAUCGAGCAUGGUCUGGUGGAUGAGCAGCAGAAGGUGCGGACCAUCAGUGCCCUGGCCAUCGCUGCCCUGGCAGAGGCUGCCACUCCCUACGGUAUCGAGUCCUUUGACUCCGUACUCAAACCCCUGUGGAAGGGUAUCAGACAGCACAGAGGAAAGGGUCUGGCUGCGUUCCUGAAGGCCAUUGGCUACCUGAUCCCUCUGAUGGAUGCUGAGUAUGCUAACUACUACACCAGAGAGGUCAUGCUGAUCCUCAUCAGAGAGUUCCAGUCCCCUGACGAGGAGAUGAAGAAGAUCGUGCUCAAGGUGGUGAAACAGUGCUGUGGUACUGACGGUGUGGAGGCCAACUACAUCAAGACAGAGAUCCUGCCCCCCUUCUUCAAGCACUUCUGGCAGCACAGGAUGGCCCUGGACAGACGCAACUACAGACAGCUGGUGGACACCACAGUAGAGCUGGCCAACAAGGUGGGAGCAGCAGAGAUCAUCUCUCGUAUCGUAGAUGACCUGAAGGACGAGGCAGAGCAGUACAGGAAGAUGGUGAUGGAGACCAUAGAGAAGAUCAUGGGGAACCUGGGAGCUGCUGACAUCGACCACAAGCUGGAGGAGCAGCUGAUCGACGGCAUCCUGUACGCCUUCCAGGAACAGACCACUGAGGACUCUGUAAUGCUGAACGGGUUUGGCACGGUGGUGAAUGCCCUGGGGAAGAGGGUGAAGCCCUACCUGCCUCAGAUCUGUGGUACGGUACUGUGGCGUCUCAACAACAAGUCUGCUAAGGUCCGCCAGCAGGCUGCUGACCUCAUCUCUCGUACCGCCGUGGUCAUGAAGACCUGCCAGGAGGAGAAGCUGAUGGGUCAUCUGGGAGUGGUGUUGUAUGAGUACCUAGGAGAGGAGUACCCUGAAGUACUGGGAAGCAUCCUCGGUGCUCUCAAGGCCAUCGUCAACGUCAUUGGCAUGCAUAAGAUGACUCCACCAAUCAAAGACCUGCUGCCGCGCCUGACGCCAAUCUUGAAGAACAGACAUGAGAAGGUGCAGGAGAACUGUAUUGACCUGGUGGGCAGGAUUGCUGACAGGGGUGCUGAGUACGUGUCGGCCAGGGAGUGGAUGCGGAUCUGCUUUGAGCUGCUGGAGCUCCUGAAGGCCCACAAGAAGGCCAUCCGCAGAGCCACUGUCAACACCUUUGGAUACAUCGCCAAGGCUAUCGGACCCCAUGACGUGCUGGCCACACUACUCAACAACCUGAAGGUUCAGGAGCGUCAGAACAGAGUGUGUACCACCGUGGCCAUCGCCAUCGUGGCUGAGACCUGUUCUCCCUUCACCGUGCUCCCCGCGCUCAUGAAUGAGUACCGCGUGCCAGAGCUCAACGUGCAGAACGGGGUGCUCAAGUCCCUCUCCUUCCUGUUUGAGUACAUUGGGGAGAUGGGCAAGGACUACAUUUACGCUGUCACGCCCCUGCUGGAGGAUGCACUGAUGGACAGAGACCUGGUCCACAGACAGACAGCCAGUGCCGUGGUGCAGCACAUGUCCCUGGGCGUCUACGGCUUCGGCUGUGAAGACUCUCUCAACCACCUGCUCAACUAUGUGUGGCCCAACGUGUUUGAGACGUCGCCCCACGUCAUCCAGGCUGUGAUGGGGGCCUUGGAAGGCCUCAGGGUGGCCAUCGGCCCCUGCCGCAUGCUGCAGUAUUGCCUACAGGGUCUGUUCCACCCUGCCAGGAAGGUGCGAGACGUCUACUGGAAGAUCUACAACUCUAUCUACAUCGGCUCCCAGGAUGCUCUCAUUGCUCAUUACCCCCACGUCUACAACGAUGAGAAGAACCCUUACCUCCGCUAUGAGCUGGAGUACUUCCUGUGAUACUGAUCUGCUCUCUCUCUCUGACGAUUUCUCUCCCUCUUCUCUUUCUCUCUGUUCACCCUUUGUCCUAUCUCUCUUGGUGUAUAGGACUUGGUCCAUUUUUUUAUAUUAUUUAUCUCCUCUGUCUUUGUAGUGGGUGUAUCCAGCACAGCCACAGUGGCUGUGGCCUGAGAUUCAUUUUUAAUACAAUAAAAGCUGUGUAUGAUAGGGAAAUAGAGUAUAAAACGGAACAACUUCUUAAAACCUGUAUGUAUUGUAUUGUUUUGUUUUAUUUCUCCUUUUAUAAUCAUUUCCAUAAGGAAUGACAGACAGUACAGUGAAGUGCAGGCUCUAAGUUUGCCUUGUUAAGGAAUGGAAAAGCAACUCAGAAACUCUUUAAAAUAUUGUCAUGGUUUCUUUUUACCGGCCUUGACCGUUCCUUCUCAAUGCUUUGCUCGCCUAUCCGUGAUCACCCCCCCCUGUUCUUAUCAGAAUGUUGCUUUAUUUGACUGAAUAAACGUUUGUGUAUAAAAUAAAA